AUGGCCCUGCUGCUACACCUGCUAAGCUCGCAAGAGCUGGUCUCCACCGCCAGCCACCACCGCGUCAACCCGCUCCGCGCGCUGCCCGACCACGACGAGCUGCUGCUCACGGCGGCGCUGCUGGACCCUGGCAAACACGACCUCGAGGCGGCCAAAUCCACCGAUAACCCGCCGCCGCCGAAGCCUAAGGAAGAGUGUGUGGUGCCGCGCCGCCAGCGCCGCGGCCUCCUCUCGCUGGUGGUGUUUAUUCCCGAGUACCACGACGCCCGCGACUACCCGAUCAAGAUCAAAUAUUUCAUCGUGUUUAUCAUCGCCUUUGCCCUGAUCACGGGCCCGAUGGGGACGCUGAUCAUGUUGCCGGCUUUGGAAGACAUUACCCGGUCGUUGCACACUACGGAUUCCACGGUUAAUGUUUCCGUGGGUAUCUACUUAUUGGCAUUGGGGAUUUUUCCCUUGUGGUGGUCGCUGAUGCUGGAGCGGUUCGGCCGCCGCAGCGUCUACCUCACCAGUUUCGUCAUGUUCUUUGGCUUCAGUAUCGGCACGGCGCUUGCCCCCACCAUCGGCGCCUUAAUUGGGCUUAGAGUGCUCCAAGGCGGGUGCUCGGCGCUGGUGCAAGCGGUAGGUGCUGGGACCAUCGCCGACUUGUUCACGCCACAAACCCGGGGCCGCGCCAUGGGGUACUACUACUUGGGCCCGCUUUGCGGCCCGUUUUUGGCGCCGAUCUUGGGGGGCGCCGUCGCCCAAGGGUGGGGGUGGCGCGCCACCCAGUGGCUCUUGGUGAUUUUUCUGGGGUGUAAUGUGGUUCUCAUCAUCUUCUUUCUUCCCGAAACGUUGCGCCGCGCCGACAACAUGGCGCUUAUGAAGGCGCUCCUCGGCGCUAGUGGCCAAGUGGGCGACGACGCCGUCUCCGCCGUCGAAUCCGUAAAGGAAGAAGUGGAGCGCCAGCAAUUAGGCGUGGCUCGCGCCGGCGAUAGCGUCAUCACCGACGACGAAGAGUUGCUGGAGAAAGUGCUCGACCGCGUCGCCCUGAGGCUCUCGCAACAAGGCUAUAGAGAAGCCGAGGAAGACGACGCCCCCACCGGCGACCCCCUCAUGCCCAACUUGUCGCGCCUCACCACCAACCGCCUGGAGUACUCGCGGCGGGUCCACGAGCAAGUCAUCGGCGACCACUUGCGGCGCAGCCGUCUGGGCACGCUGGCCCGCAAUCUGACUGCCCCCACACAAGCCACCCACGUCACUACUCACCAAACCAUCGCUACCCACGCCACCACCGUCGUCGUUAAAGACGCUCAGUACUACCGCACGCUAUCGUACGACCUCAUCGUGCGCCCGUUGCACUCGUUGGUCUUGCUCACCCACCCGCCGGUGGCGCUCGUCAUCGCCUACUCCGCCAUUCUGUUCGCGGUGCUCUACUUCUUCAACAUGACGGUGUCGUACUCCUACGCCCGCCCCCCGUACAACUUUCUGUCGGUGAUUGUCGGGCUCAUGUACAUCCCCAACUCCGUCACCUACAUCCUCGCCCUGAUCAUUGGCGGGCGGUGGAACGACAAGCUUCUCCGCGACUACGCCAAAAAGCACAACGGCGAGUUGCGCCCCGAGCUGCGGAUCCUGUGGAACGUGGUGUUGGCGUGCGUGAUGUUCCCGCCGGCGUGUCUCAUCUUCGGGUGGUGCCUUAAGUACGGCGAGCACUGGGUGACGCCGUUGAUCGGCACCUCGCUCUUUGGCUUCGCCCUGAUGAUCGUCAUUGGCGCCACCGUCACCUACCUCGUCGACUCCCUUCCCGGGAAGGGGGCAACCGGCGUCGCACUCAACAAUUUAAUCCGCCAGAUCUUUGCUGCCGUGGCCACGUUUGUCGUCGAGCCCGCCAUCCGCGGCAUCGGCCAAGGGGUGCUCUUUUCAAUUUUGAUGGGCGUUUUGGCCGCCGCCAGCAUCUUCUUGAUCAUUUUGAAGCGGAAGGGGGACUACUUCCGCGAGCACCUGAACAUCGCCGCGCUCUACGGCAAGUUGUAG